UGUUCGUAAAGAUGUCAACUUUAAUUGUAGUUUUCAUCAAUAUAAUAUUAUUAAUUUUCUUGUUUAUGAAACACACCGAUGCAGCAACUCCGACGACCCGGCCCGAGAGGCUGACCCUAUCCAAACUGGAGCUCCUCCGCAACCACACCGCCAUAUCGGAGUUCCGGGUUCUGAACCGGAGGUACUUGCUCCAUUGCCCCGUCCCGAACCCGUAUCUCCAGGUCCACGUCAGCUCCGGCGGCGGGGGCAGACUCUCCGACGACGAGCACGUGACGGUGAACAUCACCGGAGUUUUGCUGCCGUCGAGCAGUGAUUGGGUGGCCAUGAUCUCCCCUUCUCAUUCCAACGUGGCAGCGUGUGUGGAGAAUGCAAUUAAGUAUGAACAGACGGGUGAUUUUAGCCGGCUUCCUCUUCUAUGCCACUAUCCGGUCAAGGCUCAAUAUGUGAGGAAUGAUCCAGACUACCUGAGAUGCGGCAAGCAAGAAUGCAAGGAACACGUGGCAGGGAAGUGCGUGUUGACCACGUGCGGGGCAACUUUGUCUUUUCACGCGAUCAACAUACGUACAGACAUUGAAUUUGUGCUGUUUGGCGGUGGGUUUGAAACACCAUGCAUUUUGAAAAGAUCAGUUCCUCUUAAAUUCGCCAAUCCAAACAAGCCCUUAUACGGACAUCUAUCCAGCCCCGACUCAACCGGAACAUCGAUGAGAAUAAGGUGGGUGAGUGGGGAUAAAAGUCGUCAACACGUUGACUAUGCGAAUGGGCAGAGAACAACUUCCUCGGUUUCCACGUUUUCGCAAGCUGACAUGUGCACCAGUCCAUUGUUAGAAAGUCCAGCUGUAGAUUUUGGGUGGCAUGACCCUGGAUACAUUCAUUCAGCUGUAAUGACUGGAGUUACUCCUUCUACUACCUACUCCUACAAAUAUGGAAGUGAUUCGGUUGGAUGGAGUGACGAAACGAGAUUCAAAACAGUACCUGCAGGACGAUCAAAUGAGCUCAAGUUUCUUGCUUAUGGUGAUAUGGGCAAGGCCCCUCUCGAUUCUUCCAAAGAACACUACAUACAGCCGGGAUCAAUAUCGGUUACGAAAGCUAUAGCAGACGAAGUAUCGUCGGGUAAAGUUGACUCGAUAUUCCACAUUGGAGACAUAAGCUAUGCCACUGGAUUUCUUGUUGAAUGGGACUUCUUCCUUCACCAAAUUACCCCUUUCGCCUCCCGAGUUUCUUACAUGACUGCAAUCGGAAACCACGAGAGGGAUUAUGUGGACUCUGGAUCGGUUUAUUCGACUCCGGAUUCGGGUGGAGAAUGCGGAGUUCCGUACGAGACGUAUUUUCCAAUGCCAACACAAGCUAAGGAUAAGCCAUGGUACUCUAUUGAACAAGGAAGUGUUCAUUUUACUGUCAUUUCUACCGAGCAUAAUUGGACCGUAAAUUCCGAACAGUAUAAUUGGAUGAAUAAGGAUAUGGCUGCAGUAGACAGAACAAGAACCCCUUGGCUUAUUUUCACAGGGCACAGGCCAAUGUAUUCCUCCAGCCCCGGAAAUCUUUUUCUCCCAAACGUUGACAGCGAAUUCGUCACUGCAGUUGAGCCGUUGCUACUAGCGAACAAGGUUGAUCUGGCAUUGUUCGGGCACGUGCACAACUACGAGAGAACGUGCGCGGUUUAUAAGCAAGAAUGCAAAGCCAUGCCGACUAAAGAUGGGAAUGGAAUCGACACUUACAAUAAUUCAAACUACACUGCACCCGUUCACGCAGUCGUUGGAAUGGCUGGCUUUAAGCUUGAUGGUUUCACCCAAAAUGAUAAUAGGUGGAGCUUGUCUAGGGUUUCCAAGUUUGGAUACAUAAGAGCUCAUGCUACCAAAACGCAACUUAAAAUUGAGUUUGUGAAUGCACAUUCAAGAAAGACCGACGACAGUUUUCGAAUCAUUAGGAGCUGAAGAAUUAGGCGCAG